UCUUUUCACUAGGCUUCAUCUCACCAACAAAGAGCCCAAUGCCCAACUGGCAGUUUUAAUUUCAUCUGAACCGAGGAAAAACAAUGUGGUGUGUAUUUGUAAAAGGAUGGCACUGCUAAAGGACAAACCAAGCCAAGUCUGGGAUUUGGGUGGGAUUCUAUUCGUUCUCUUCUGCCACUCCCAUCUCUCUCUCUCUCUCUCUCUCUAAAACCUCUCUCUCUCACUCUCACUCUCUUUUCAAGCCUCCAACUGAACUCAGCUCACUUCCUCUCUCUCGUUCUCAUUUCAAGGACCAAUAUGAAGCAGCGAAUGGAUCAUGAGACGGAGUUUGAAGAGGAGGAGAAAGCCUCCUCUGAUUGCACCAGUGGAUGCCAAUCUGGGUGGACUAUGUACUUUGAAAAAUCCUAUGAAAGCAAAGCAAUCUCAAUGCAAUAUCAUCAGCUACAAGACGAGGAGGAGGAGGAGGAAGAAGAAGACCUUUCAAUGGUCUCUGAUGCCUCAUCAGGGCCUCCCCAUUUCCGCGAUGACGACGACGAGCACUGCUGCUGCUGCUUUCCCUCAUCUGCUGCUGUCCCUUCUAACAAUGGUGGGAAAAAGAGGAGGAUUGACACAAAGCAAGACCCUCAUUCUUCUCCCCUUGAUGACACUGCUAGCUCCCCUCUCUUCAGCCUCUCAAAGACAAGUUGCAAUGCCAUCAUUAACACCAACAACAAGAACAAAAUCUUUGCCGAGGAUGUGCUAGAGCUCUCCUGUGGCUUCUCUGCUACUCAGUUCAAGGGGAAAUCUGCGUUGAGGAAACACUUGGGUUAUUUCAAAUCAUGUGCUCCUAUCAAGCCGACAUCAGAUUCAAGGGAGGAAGGUGAGAAGAAGAAAUUAUGGUGAUCAGCAAGAAAAGAACAGAUGGAAGGCAUCUGUACAGAUCUUCAAGAGAUCCAUGUAUUUUUUUUUUUUUUUUUGGUUGCUAGUUGAUUUUAGUCUUUUCUUUUUAACUGUCAAUGCAAUGGGAAACAACCUGAGCAAAAGAGAACAGAAAAUAAACUGUUUCUGCUUUCUUUUCA